GAGGUUCUCCUCUUAAUGCACUGAUCACUAGAUCUGCAGAAUGCACAGGUUUAUGCGAAACCUUUCGUGCACGCUGAAGACCAAUAUCAUCACGGGUUUAGGCGUGGCCUCUGGAGCUCCUAAACGCACGCGUUAAGGUACUGCAAGUCAGGCUCAACACCGCCGGCCACAUGCGAGGACACCCUUCACUCGAUCCGGCCGUCAUCCUCGCACUGCCGAUGGGAGAGACAUCUCGUACUGGCAACACAAUCUCACAAAGUCUUCCCGGCCCUGCCUCAAGGAAGCCCUGUGGCCCUACACCCUCCGUUUCGUCCCGAGCUAGGUCCAUGUUUGGAAUCUCGUUCGUUCAUGAUAUUCUGACCAAUGGACCCCGUGCAUGUCCGGAUAAUGCUUACUGUAUUGCCCAAAGAUACCACGAGAACGGAUGCACCUAAACAUACACUUCGCC